CCGCCCUUCCGGCCCCCGCCCCCUUCCCGGCUGCCCCCGCCGACGGGGCCUUCGGCUUCGGCGCUGCUGGGGUUGGGGGUGGUAGCGCAGGGUUUGGAGGGGGGCUUGUGGCCGGGGCGGGCGGGGCAGGUGGAGGAGGCACAGCGGCAGGCGCAGCCACGACCCUCACCGUCGCGUAUCCCAGGUGCUCCCAGCUGAUGUCGGCGGUCCACUCCAGCGAGCCGGGCCGGCUCAAGACGCCGCUCAUGCUGCUCAACGAGUAUGCGGCGAGGACACGGCUGUUGGUUGCAGUCGCGGAGGUCCCCUCCCCCUCCCCCCUGGCGGGUCCCUUCCGCUUCACCGUGUCGCUGUGCGACCCGGCGGGGACGGUGCUGCUGCAGGUGGCUGGUGUGGAGUGUCGUUCCAAGCAGGACGCCCGGCAGGCAGCUGCCUCUGCGGCUCUGGAGCAGCUGAUGGAGG